AGGCACUUUUGGACUGCUCAUGCGUCAUAAAGUUGGAUUACUGGGCGAACGCGCUAACAUCAAGGAGGAAUGUGGACAUAAAUGAUGGACAUUAUUGAACAAAACAAACAUUUAUUGUGGAACUCUGUGUAACGGUCGUCUGAUGAAGAAGGAUCGGACCAAAGCGCAGCGUGACGUUAGACUGCUGCAGCCCGUCCAUCUUUAGGUGGUGGGAUUCCCCACCUGGUGGGGUUCUAGUGAUGGAGAGGCCUGGUGAUGAGGGGUCACAAGGUGCAACAGGUGGUGAAGGGGACGGAAGAGACACCACACCUGUUCACAACACUGGCACUCCUGAUGGCAUGGCAGCACGAGGAGUCAUGCUACAGGUCUUCAUAUAUAAUCAACAGCAACAGCAGUCAAUGCAACUGCAACAGCAACAGCAGUCAAUGCAACAGGCAAUGCAAUCCAUGCAGCAACAGACGCAGCAGCAGAUCAGCCAGCUACAGGAGGAGGUGCAGAAAGGAAAGACAAAGCAACAGUGUGUUGUGACCCCUUUACCAGCAGCAAACCCAGACACUUUGACAAGACCAGCUCCUCAGUCUCGAGACCCAGCAGAGGAGGUAUCAGGUGAACACGUUGACAAGAAGGAGGAGGCAGCAGAGAUGAAAUUGGAAGAUGUUCAACAGCCUUUGUCCGAUGAUGAGUCAAAACCAGAGACCGAUGGCUCUUCAGAAGGAAACAGAGAAACAACCAAAGGUGCAGCAGAGGAGGUAUUGGGGAAUCACAAUGACAAGAAGGAAGAGGCUGAGAGGCCCCAUCCAGAGAUUCCAUCUCCUUCCAAACCACUGAAGGGCUGGGAAGAGAAGAUUCACCAGGGAGAACAAGGAAAACUAAAAAAUAUUGAGCCAGUGCCAAAAGCCAGAGAUGAGUUGAAGCCAAAGAAGGAGGGUUCCUCAGAAGAAACACCCCAAGGACCUUGUGUCAGGGAGCUGUUGUCAAAGGCUGGACUAGAAGAUCAUUAUGAAAACAAGCUGACGUUAAGUACUGUCCUUGAGAUAAAUGCUGAUACUACAUCAGAUGAACCUCUUACCACUAUGCAGUCACUUCCAGGGGCCUUCCUUAAGAAAUUAAUGAUGGCAAAUGUAAAUGCCAGGAGUGUGAAAUGUCUGACCAUUGACCAGGAAGUUUCCUAUUAUGGUGUAGACAACCUGGACACUGACUCUGAUAGCAGCGAUGUCAUUAAUCCACUGGACCUGAUAACAGCCCUGUUUCUGUGUUCAGAUGGUUUCCUGCAGCAGGAGAUGGUCCAGAAAAUGUCCAUGUGUCAGUUUUCUGUUCCUCUCCUGCUGCCCAACUGUGACACAAAACAAAGCACUUUGAUGCUGUGGGCCCUGAGGGACAUAGUGAAGAAGUUUAGAUCGUCUUCACAAAUGGCCACAAAUGCUUUUGUGGAGGAGAGAAUAGUUCUCUCUGAUAUUCCUAUGGUGUCUUUUGUUAGGUUAGGACAAAGCAGCUUGUCCAAGUCUCAGAUUUUGAACAAGUUGCUUAGUAACCCUCAACAGUACCAUGAUACAUUUGUUCAUCAUGAUAUGGAAUGUGGCGAUGUCCCUCGGCAAAUCUCAGAUGGUCUGGUUGAAAUCAGCUGGUACUUUCCAUGUGGAAACAGAAACAUAGACAUGUUCACCAAGCCUGUGGCGGUGGCCAAUCUCAGAGGAGACAUCAGGUCCUUUAAAACACAGUUCUCCUUUCUGUGUCAAACAUCAGCUGCAGUUUACAUUUUCAUUGAUGAUUUUGAGGCAGAUUUCAAGGUUUUGGAAGCAGAAAUCACAAAAGCAGAGAUAUUUCUGGUUGUCAACUCUCAGAGAAAAACAUACAGGGUGGACACAUUGAAGAAAAUGAUCACAAACUACAGUAUCAACCCAACAAAUGUGAUUGUGAAGAAGAAGCAGAAUGAUGCAGAAUUUGUCAAAAACCUGCAGUCCUCUGUGGGUGACAUCAUUGAAAAAAGUAAAAACAUAUUGACAAUUGAAAACAUGGCUGAUGUGGCUCAUCAGUUUGGGAUUCUGGUUGAUGAAGACAGUGAUGACUGUCAGAGUGCCAAGAAGACAGCAGAUGAAAUCACCAGGAACAUCAAAGACACAAUGAAAUUCAAACAUGAACAACUACCCUUACAAGGAACAAUCUGGAAAGAGCUUUCCCAGUUGGAAAAAGAGAUGUGUAGACUGAGAAAAGCAGGAGAUAAAGACAUUGAACACUACAAGAGCUCUCUGAAGAAAAAGGAGAAAGAGCUGAGAGAGAAGCAAUAUACAUUUGACAUGUCAGAUUCAAUGGCAAGCUUCAUUUUAGGAUUGUCAAGUUCAGGAGCUGAGCGUUCCUAUUUCCUCAAAUGGAUGCGGAUAAAUCUGGACAAUCUGUCACGUCAGAACCUGUCUGGAUUGCGGGAGCGGUACAAAAAUCUUUGCCAACAUUCUCCGGAGAAAAAAGACGACAUUAAAGAUUUGGAUAAGCAAUUAUCUGACUGUUCCUUGGGUCUUGAACACUUCCUGCGUGAGUUGGGCCAGUUAUAUGAGGCUUCCUGCUCCCUUCCUGAAAGUAGCCUACAAAGGAAACAGAUGGAGCAUCUCCCUGGAUUGUGUGCUCAGAUGCUGUUGGAGGGUUUCCCCAUUGAGCUUGUGGAUGGAGAUGCAUCAAAUAUCCCUCUGAAAUGGAUUUCAGCUGUUCUGACUGAGCUUCAUACUCUUGUCCAAUCCAACAGCAAGAUCCGGGUGGUCACAGUUUUAGGGGUCCAAAGCACAGGGAAAUCCACUCUCCUCAACACCAUGUUUGGGGUCCAGUUUGCUGUCAGCAGUGGAAGAUGCACCAGAGGUGCCUUCAUGCUACUGAUUAAAGUCAACAAAGAACUCAAGGAGGAGCUGAAAUGUGACUUCAUCAUGAUCAUUGACACAGAGGGGUUGAAAUCACCAGAGUUGGCUCAACUAGAUGACAGCCAUGAACAUGACAAUGAACUGGCCACACUGGUGAUAGGACUCAGUGAUGUCACUAUCAUCAACAUCGCCAUGGAGAACUCCACAGAGAUGAAAGACAUUCUACAGAUUGUUGUUCAUGCUUUUAUCAGGAUGAAGGAAGUGGGGAAGAAGCCGAUAUGUCAUUUUGUGCACCAGAAUGUGUCAGACAUGUCUGCUCAUGACAACAACAUGAGGGACAGGAAGAAGUUGUUGGAACAGUUGAAUGAAAUGACCCAGGCAGCAGCCAGAAUGGAGAAGAAGGAGAAUAUCACCAAGUUCACUGAUGUGAUGGAGUAUGAUCCAGACACAAGCAGCUGCUACAUCCCAGGACUCUGGCACGGGACUCCCCCUAUGGCUCCAGUAAAUGCUGGCUACAGUGAGGCUGUGUACAGCUUCAAGAAGACCUUGAUGAAAGAUUUCAUAAAAUGCCAGAGAAAUGAUGACUUGACACAUUUCCUGAAGUGGACACAAAGUUUGUGGAAGUCUGUGAAAUUUGAGAAAUUCAUCUUUAGUUUCAGAAACAGCUUGGUUGCAGAUGCAUAUUCCAAAUUGUGCUCUGAGUACAAUGGUUGGGAAUGGGCCUUCCAGAAGGAGAUGUACAACUGGAUGAUUGGUGCUGAAACAAAAAUUAACAAUAUUGGCAUGACAGAUCAAAAUCUUGGGCGGUCCAUAGGAAAUGUGCUAAAUGAAUUGAUCGCAGAGGCAUCUGAGAAACUGUCAUUGGGAGAAAAGGAAAUCCAAGACAAUCUGGUGAAAUACUUUGAAAAUCAAGAUGGCCAUGUUAGUCUGGUGGAAAAAUACAAGGAGGACUUUGUGUCCAGUGCCAAAACACUGAGACGAGAGACAGAAAACACAGUGAAGAACAAACUGCAAGGAGUUGUUGAGAUCAAAGAGGGAAUGACAGAACUGAACAACAUCAAGAGUUCUCAGGCAAGUACAAUGGAAAAGAAGGUUCUAGAUCUGCUUCAGAAUUGUAGACAGAAAAAAUCUGUUCUUUCAGAUAAGGCCCUCAGUAAAGAGUUUGAAAACAUGUGGAGUAAAACUCUGUCUGAGAUACAUUUCAAAGGACUUCCUAAGCGAGAUGUUUCCCAAGAUGCCUUUAUCAUGUUGAGUGGAAAUCUGUCAACAAGGGGCAGUCAUGUCAACAGUCUGUUGGUUGGAACCAGACUGGUGGAUUGUGGGAAGGCAGCCUUUGUUGUGGAAUCAGGGGGUUUGUGGGAGAAGACUAAAGGCUUUGUGGUGCACAGGGAUCGUGACCAUCACAGGAAAAAGCUGCAAGACUUCUGUAAUGACAUCAUAACACAGUGUCAGGACUUUAUAAGACAGAAGGUGGAGCACAAAACAGAUUAUCAUGACACUAACAUCAAAGAACUUCUUAACGAGAUUGAUGAAACAUUGCAGCAACAAAAGAAAAUGAAAGUCGGUGAUGAAUGUGAGGUUUAUCUGAAGCUACACAUCUGUGGCAUAGCAGCAAGACAGUUCCAAAAGAUGCAUGAUGAUUUCAUUGCACUCAAUGACCCAAGGAAUUGUCUGCAACAGUCAAAGGACAACUACUAUACUGACUUCAUGAACUUGUUCCAUGAGCGAGACCAGUGCCAAAAGAAAGCUGAGGACUUCACAAAGCUCUGUUUGCGGCCAGCUGUAGAGGAAUAUGUGACAAAAAGGAUUGGUCCUGAUGUGGUUGAUGAAGUGGUGACCGGUGAAGGGUCAGAGGAUUACAGCACAAGAACAGCUUUCCAGUUCUCCAUUUUAAAAGAACUCCUGACUGAUGAAAAUUAUGAGAAAUAUAGAGAGUACAUAAAACAAUAUAAAACGUUUGUGAAGCAGUGGCUAUUUUGCCAAAUGGUGGAGAAACUCUCAAAAGAGAGCAGUCUGCAGAAAUUGGAGAACAAACAUCUUUCAAAUAUAGUCCGGAUUAUUACUGAUAACAUUUCAACUGUCAGUAAAGCAUCUAGCACGGUAAACAACAUUAAGACGUUCAUUGGGAAUAUUUGCAAUAAAUUGGGAGAGGAUCUUGCCUUUCCCAAGGAUGCUUUGGAUUCCAUUAUGAUUCUGAACACGAGCACCGCAAACACAGAACAGUUUGCUAAAUGUCUCACAGAGUUUGUGAGUGAAAUGGAGAAGUCACUGGCAUCUGUUUAUGACCGGAAAACUGACCUUGGAUACAUCACAAAAAGGCUCAGAUCUCUGCCAUUCAAGCCUCAGGACAAGAUGUUCACCAGCCUGUUUGGCUGUGGGGAGGUAUGUCCUUUCUGCAAAGCACCCUGUGAAGCAGGAGGUAAGGAGCAUACCAAACACUUCACCUCCAUUCAUCGUCCAAAAGGGCUCAGUGGUUCGGUGAAUAACAGUUCAAAUGUGUUAUUAACUAACAUAUGCUCCUCCUCCGUGAUAGGCAAUGGGCUGUUCAUUAAUGAUCUAACAGGAGAUGAUGGUCACCUUUAUAAGAAGUACCAGACAUACUACCCUGACUGGAUCAUAACUGGUGACACCAGUAUUGAGGCUUCAGACUAUUGGAAGUAUGUGAUGGCAAAAUUCAAUGAGACAAUUGCUGAAGCAUAUGACGCACUUCCUGCUGAUAUCCCAGAGGAUUGGAACCUUUUAACAGCUGAGGAUGCAAUGAAGAGUUUGAAGGGCUCAUUCAAUGUGAGUGAAUAGGGGAAAUCUAUAACAAGGCUCUGAAUUGUAGUCCAAAUAUAUUAUUGGCCAUUAAAACAUAUAUUAAGUUGACAACCACAAAUACCUCACACAUGGUAUAUCACAGAAUCAAAAUAUGAGGAGCCAGUUGUUUCAAACAAGAGUUAAGCAAAAAAUGUGCAGAUCUGAUCAUACCAAAUGCAAUUUUGAAAAAAACUGCAGCACAGAAAAUAAUAUUUGCAAAUACAUUCAUAGCUUUGCAAACUUAUGACUUCUUAGCUAUUUACAGAUCAGAUGUUCUAUAAUGGAAAAGCGUUCACUUUGAAUAUACACUUAGUAUACCAGAACCCUCAGAACAGCCUCAAUUCAUCAGGGCAUGAACUCUACAAGAUGUCGAAAGAGUUCCACAGGGAUGCUGGUCCAUGUUGACUCAAAUAUUCCUCACAGUUGUGUCAAGUUGGCUGGUUGUCCUUUGGGUGGUAGAUCAUUCUUGAUACACACGGGAAACUGUUGAGCGUGAAAACCCAGCAGGUUGCAGUUCUUGACAUUAACCGGUGCACCUGGCACCUACUACCAUACCCUGUUCAAUGGCACACAAACAAUCCAUGUCUUAAAGCUGACAAAUCCAUCUUUAACCUGUCUCCUCUGCUUCAUCUACACUGAUUAAAGGAUUCACCUGGUCAGUCUGUCAUGGAAAGAGCAGUUGUCCACUCAGUGUAUGAGAAAGGAAUGCCAAUAUUCUUAGAGUAAGUUAAGAAUUAAGUUACUAAGAUUUAGUUUGUUGAUGAUUUUUAUGUGUUGAUGAGUGAGUCAAAUUAUUUUAUUUGUGUUGUUGAUUAGGUUGUUGCUGUUGUUAUUGAUGAAGAUUAUUUGUUUGUUCUUGACGGUCAUUUUCUUUUUGUUCAUGAGUAUAAUGAUAAUAAUAGGUUCCCUCUUCUUGUUGUUAUUGAUGAGUAUAAUGAUGAUAGUUUCUCUUGUUGUUAUUGAUGAGUAUAAUGAUGAUAGUUUCUCUUGUUGUUAUUGAUGAGUAUAAUGAUGAUAGUUUCUCUUGUUGUUAUUGAUGAGUAUAAUGAGGAUAGUUUCUCUUGUUGUUAUUGAUGAGUAUAAUGAGGAUAGUUUCUCUUGUUGUUAUUGAUGAGUAUAAUGAGGAUAGUUUCUCUUGUUGUUAUUGAUGAGUAUAAUGAGGAUAGUUUCUCUUGUUGUUAUUGAUGAGUAUAAUGAGGAUAGUUUUCCUCUUGUUGUUAUUGAUGAGUAUAAUGAUGAUAGUUUCUCUUGUUGUUAUUGAUGAGUAUAAUGAUGAUAGUUUCUCUUGUUGUUAUUGAUGAGUAUAAUGAGGAUAGUUUCUCUUGUUGUUAUUGAUGAGUAUAAUGAGGAUAGUUUUCCUCUUGUUGUUAUUGAUGAGUAUAAUGAGGAUAGUUUCUCUUGUUGUUAUUGAUGAGUAUAAUGAGGAUAGUUUCUCUUGUUGUUAUUGAUGAGUAUAAUGAGGAUAGUUUCUCUUGUUGUUAUUGAUGAGUAUAAUGAGGAUAGUUUCUCUUGUUGUUAUUGAUGAGUAUAAUGAGGAUAGUUUCUCUUGUUGUUAUUGAUGAGUAUAAUGAGGAUAGUUUUCCUCUUGUUGUUAUUGAUGAGUAUAAGGAUGAUUAUGAUAAGUUUUUCUCUUGUUAUUAAUAAGUAUAAUGAUGAUUAUUAUUUUUGUAGUUAGUGGUGAUGAUGAUGAUGUGAGUUGAACUCUGAGCCUGCAGGGAAUGGUUUUCAGUUGGCCAAGCUAUAUAAUGACGGCCAAGUUGGCCAAGCCAAUAUUCAGUUGGCCAAGCCAAUAUGAUGAAGACAAAAGAAAGUUGAGUUGUACUUUGCAGACAUAUUGUGAAAUCAUGUGAAUUGUUGCAAUUGAAAAUACAAAAUACUUGUCCAUUAUCGUGUUACUAGAGAUGUUUAAUAAAAAUCUAUAAUUU